CCACAGCCGAGUUUUAUCCGCGGAGCUGCAUGGGAUGUAGGGGAGGAAAUCUGCGUUUUUCCAACACUGACAAGAAACUUCACUCAUCAAGGUGAAGACUCCGCCAACAUGGAUGGCUUUUAUGACCAGCAGGUCCCCUUUGUGGUCCCCGAGAGUAAAUGUCACGUAGAGGGAGCAGAGAGAUGUCUCAGCGACCGGAAAAGGAAGUUUAUGGACACAGAGCUGGCUCAGGACACAGAAGAGCUCUUCCAAGACCUGAUCCAGCUCCAGGAGAUAUGGAUCGCAGAAGCUCAGGUUCCCGACGACGAGCAGUUUGUCCCAGAUUUCCAGUCCAAUAAGUUGAUGUUUCAUGGACCGCCUGUCAGCAAGGUGAAGAGAGAGUCCAGUCCGUCCAAAGACCCGUCUCCCUGCAGAACGCCUCACGCAGACAUGUGCCUUUACAGCUACAGUGCCUGUGACAACAAGCCAGCUGGACUCAAAGCUCUGCCUCAAGCCUCCACACCAGCUCACUGUAGCUCCACCCAUCCCGCUGGACCUCCACCCGUACAGAGGCAGCUACAACCUUCUGCCCCCCAGCUGACCAACAACUGCCCCCGAGCCACGCUCCCACCCUUAGCCCCCCCACCACACCACCACCACAACCACCCGCCGCCGGCUCACCAAAGCCAGCAGUUUGCUCUUCCACGCCCCCCCGUCAGCUGCCCCAGUUCAUCCUUCAGCACAGAACAAAGGUUUCAGAGGCAGCUGUCAGAGCCCUGCUUGUCUUUCCUUCCUCCGGAGAAACCGGUGAACUCGCCGUACCAGCCCUCGAGCCGCGAUGGGCGACCGUUGUACCAGCGCCACCUCUCAGAUCCCCUGGUCCCCCAAGGCCCCCGGGGCUUCAAACAGGAGCUGGUGGAUCCACGAUACCCAGAGCCAGGGCCACCGGGUCCAGGUCUGGCCCGGCCCCAGGCUGCUUUCAACCACGUCACGAUCAAACAAGAGCCAAGAGACUUUGGCUUUGACUCAGAGGUUCAAACCUGCCAGUCGUCAUUUGGGAAGUCUUCAGUCUUGUACCAGAAUAACGGUGUCGGUCUUGGUCAUGACAGAGAGCAGCAUUUGUACUACGACGACGCUUGUGUUGUGCCAGAAAGACUGGAAGCAGGCAAAGUGAAGCAGGAGGGUUUGCCGUAUCAGCGCCGCGGUUCCCUGCAGCUCUGGCAGUUCCUGCUCACACUGCUGGACAACCCGGCCAACGCACACCUGAUAGUCUGGACGGGACGCAACAUGGAGUUUAAACUGGUCGAUCCAGAGGAGGUGGCUCGGCUCUGGGGCCUCCAGAAGAAUCGACCAGCAAUGAACUACGACAAACUGAGCCGCUCUCUGAGGUACUACUACGAGAAGGGCAUCAUGCAGAAGGUUGCUGGGGAACGGUACGUCUACAAGUUUGUAUGCAACCCCGAGGCGCUUUUCUCCCUGGCUUUCCCAGACAACCAGAGGCCAAGUCUGAAGGCCGACCCGGACGCCAUCCUGCCCCCCAGCGAGGAGGACGGCCUCCCCCCACCUGGCUACGAGGAGGAGGGUCCGUACCUGGCCGAGGGAGGGGAGCAGUGCGUCCAGGGACUGGGCUUUCCUGACGGGUACCCGUACUAGACUCCACAGCCUGACACCAGCAGGAAACGUGAGAUAUUUUACCGGAGGAACCUGAAUACUGAGCAGUGUUUGAGAUUUUCAACAUGUAUACCCACGUUAUGUUUGUCACAGGCAAGAAGAAAUCAUCAGAGACUAAACUUCUCUUAUGGCCAAAAUUAGUUGUCGCAAAUAUAUUGGUCAGACUGAAAAUCUGAAAUCUCUGAGACCAUCACCGCCUCACUCCCUCAGCAAAAAUACUAUUAUUUGUCCAAAACUAUCGUUGUUCUGAUUUGGUUUCGUUGUCAUUGAUGGGUUAGGGUCACUGUUUACACAAAAAGGUGUAAAGUUGAUAUAUUUUGAGAUAAAGUAGUAAUAUUACUUAACGGUAUUUCAAGAUAAGGUUGAAAUUGUGUGGGAAACUGUUAUAAUACUUUAGAAGUCAAUAGUUUGAGGAGGAAAAAAUUGUCAUAAUAUGACUGGAAAAGGCCAUAACAUUUUGAGAUACAGAUGAUAUUAUAAUUCACUAGUUCAAGUAUAAUGCUAAAAUUUUACGUGUCGUACAGUUUUUUUUUUUUUCAAUAUUCCAAUUUUAUGCUCAGAUGUUUCUUGCCUGUCACAGUGACCCUACAACCUGCUCGGUUGUAGUUUUGUAGCACGGCCGUCGCUGUAGUCCUUGCGUACGUGAACUCUGGGAUUUCAACCAAAAAGUAUCUUCAAACCACGGGCACUCCUUUACUAAUUAAAUUAGUUCUCAUUGUUUUCCUUUGGUAAACCUUAUACUGCUCGAAAGGGACACUCCUGUAUUUUCCAGAUGUUAUAAUCCUCCUAUAAACAUGUAUAUUGAAAUGUCUUUUGUGUACUUGUUUCAAAGCUAAUAUUUUUGGCAUUAUAUGGACUUGUAAUUUUUUCCUAAACUGUUUUAUGACAAAGGUACUGCUACUAUUUUUCUGUAAUACCGCCACUAAGAUGCUAAUAAUAAGCAUGGACUUUCUUACAACCGGCUCACCAGUUAUUGUACCGAGAUAGUUUUCUGCAUUUUGUAUAGUUGAUUUGCUUCAAUGUGUAGAAAAGGUGUAUAAUUAUAUAUGAAUAUAUUUUUGCAAAAGGCUGCAUUUGCUUGACGUUGUACUAUGAGCUGCAAAGUUUAGCCUGCUAAUGUAUUGCAUCCUUUCCAGCCUCUCCCAGAUGGAUGACUUACAGUCCUGCAGAUAGAAAGUGGCUGUAAGUGUAUGUUUUGCUUUAUGAUCACGUGGUGGUUUGAGUGGAGGAGGUGGUGUGUGAUGGAGGCUGGAGAGAGAUACUGACACUGGUGUGACGUCUACCCUCCUCAGAUACUGUACGUGUGCCUUCUGUUGAUCUUUACUGA